AUGAGUCCAUUUACUCAAAAACUAUUUUUGCUGUGUGUGUUGACAUUGUUAUCAGCACACGCUACUUUAGGAGUGCGUGUGAGUAUUCUUAACAACUUAGAACAAAAUCUGGACUUAACCGUUCACUGCAAAUCUGCAGAUGAUGAUUUGGGAGUUCAUGUUCUUCAUCAUGGUGAAAGUUUUGGUUGGAAUUUUAAAAUUAGCAUCAUUGGCCACACACUGUAUUAUUGCUCCUUUCAAUGGAAUGGCGGGUUCCAUUAUUAUGACAUAUAUGUAGCAAGUAGAGAUUAUAAUGUAUGUGAUCCUUGCAAUUGGUAUAUAGUAAAAUCUGGACCGUGUAGGGUUCUUUCUCAUGGUUCUGCUGUUUGUGACUUUUGGAAAAAGUAA